AGCAUAAAAGGCAUUGACAACAACUGUUGUUUUGGAAAAAAUAUUGUUUGUUAGUCUUGACUUGACAUACAUUUCACAUCAUGACAAGACAUGCUCGUAAUUGUACUGCUGGAGCAGUUUACACGUAUCACGAAAAAAAGAAGGAUGCCGAGGCUUCAGGAUAUGGAACCGAGCGACAACGGCUUGGCAAAGACUCUAUCAAAAACUUUGAUUGCUGUUGCCUAACCCUACAACGAUGUAGAAAUCCUGUAAUUUCGCCAGAUGGUUAUCUUUUCGAUAAAGAAUCAAUUUUGGAGUAUGUGAUAACUAAGAAAAAUGAAAUCAGCCGAAAAAUGAAGGAGUACGAGAAGCAAAAGAAGAAGGACGAGAAUGAAUUAGCCGAAUUGGCUGCUGCUGAAAAAUCAUCAAAGCUGAGCAACUUUCUGAAAACAGAGAAAAAUAUUGUAAGCAGUCCCAUUAAUGCAUUCAAAGCCACGACACAAGAUAAACCUUCUGUGUCUAAUAUGGCUGAUGGGCGUGCCAAGCAACUCCCAAGCUUUUGGAUACCAUCAAUGACUCCUCAGAGCAAAAAGUCAGCUGUGCCAAAACCUGACAAAACCAUCUACUGCCCAAUGAGUGGAAAACCAUUAAAAAUUAAAGACCUCCUGGAUGUUAAGUUUACAGAAGUCAAAGACCCUGAUGAUAAGAAAUCCCUUAUUGUCAAAGAAAACCGAUACAUGUGUGCUGUGACCCAUGAUAUUUUAAGCAACUCAGUUCCAUGUGCUGUGUUAAGGACAACGGGAGAUGUUGUUACAAUGGAGUGUGUGGAGAAAAUUAUUAAGAAAGAUUGGAUCCACCCCCUUACCAGUGAGAAAAUCACUGAGAAAGAUAUAAUCCCACUGCAGAGGGGAGGCACUGGCUACUCCACCACCAACAAUGAGGAGCUGAAAGCGAAACAUAACCGGCCAGUUCUACAAGCCUAACUGUUAUCAAUUUUUGAAAGGUCCAAAAACUCAUCAAAUGUUAUAUUAUGAUCUAUCGUGUAAAUAUGGAAAUGAAGCACUUUUGUCAAUGUAA